GCGCGCGACUGUCCUUCCCGCGUUCCCCGGGAGAACCAUGGCCCGGAGCAGCGACGAGGCGCCAGAUUACGGGCGAGGCGUCGUGAUUCUGGACAACUGGCCAGGAUAUGACUUGAAUUUAUUCACAUACCCACAGCACUAUUAUGGAGAUCUGGACUCUGUGCUUAUACCUCAUGGCAUCAUUGUGGACAGAAUUGAGAGGCUGGCUAAGGACAUAAUGAAAGAUAUUGGGAACUGUGACAUUAUGGUCCUGUGUGUGCUUAAAGGGGGUUACAAGUUCUGUGCUGACCUUGUGGAGCACCUCAAGAACAUCAGCCGAAAUUCAGAUCGAUUUGUCUCUAUGAAGGUCGAUUUCAUCCGACUAAAAAGUUACAAGAAUGAUCAAUCCAUGGGUGAGAUGCAGAUAAUUGGAGGCGAGGAUCUUUCAACCCUGGCUGGAAAGAAUGUCCUCAUUGUUGAGGAUGUUGUAGGGACUGGAAGGACCAUGACAGCACUGCUUGGCAACAUAAGGAACUACAAACCGAACAUGAUUAAGGUAGCCAGUUUGUUGGUGAAGAGAACAUCCCGAUGUGAUGGCUUCAGACCUGACUAUGUUGGAUUUGAGAUUCCAAACGUGUUUGUGGUGGGAUAUGCCUUAGAUUACAAUGAAUACUUCAGAGACCUGAAUCACAUCUGCGUGAUCAAUGAACAUGGUAAAGAAAAAUACCGAGUGUAAGAAGCAAAUUCCAACCAACGAAAUCCCAGACACCUUCAAUCUACCUUCCCCUUCUUCUCUGGAAGCCAGCAUGUAAUGUCUGUCUCCCCAGGCAUCUGCACCCAGCAGACUCCAAAAGUAAAGAGAAAAAGAAGUGCUUUAAGAGAGUUUUCUGAGAUUAUAAUAUACAGAGUACCAAAGGUUCUUAAGGAAAAGAAAGCAGUACUUACAUUUGAGGUGAACCAAAUUAAACAUCCCACCUUGUGACUCAAAAGACCUGCCCACCUCCUCACUCCUAAGCUACACCUUCCUUUAAUUCCAUACA